AUGAGAAUUGGCGACGUGUGGUUCGAGGCGGCGGCCGUGCGCGGCGGCAGGCUGCCCGAGGUGGGCGAGCUGGUGCGCGGCCAGUCGCGGCGCAGGGACGCCGGCCACGCCUGGCUCGCCGUUCACGUGGAGCCCGUCAGUGACGAGUGGGAGCGGGACACCGGCCAUGCGCCGGCCGAGAACCGGCUGGUGGGCCAGCUGCGCCGCUUCGACGCCGGCGUGCUGGUGCUGGCCGACCGCGACCUGGAGUACCGGCUGCACCAGGGCUGCGCCGAGAUCGACUUCGUGCCUAUGGAAGGCGACUGGCUGGAGGUGGAGAGCAGCGAGCCGAUCCCGCUGGAGGUGACGGCCGAGGCGUGCGUCCAGGUGCGCCCGCUGCGCCGCUGGCAGCUCGACGGAGAGGUGACGCUCGUCGCUCACGAGCCGCCCGUCUUCGGGCUCGUCGAUAACCAGGUGUACUUCCACGCGUCGGCCUGGCAGCUGCCGUACCUGCCGCGGCGCGGGGACCGCGUGCGCUGCUCGGCCGUCGAGAGCUCGCAGACGACGCCGCGCGGCGUUACGCUCAACUGGCGCGCUGUCCGUGUGGCGGCGCUGGAGGCAUCGGCCGCUGGCUGA